AUGGAAGAGAGUGAUGGUGUCCAAAAACCAGUUGUUGUUGACCCUCCACUAUACAACGAAGCUCCUCCGUCUCCGGAGGCGGCUCAACGUCGGCCGGUGGUUAUCACCGCCGACAGAGAUCUGGGAGGAGAAGAAGAACAAGCGGAAUCAUCAGUGGAAGAUCCAGAGGACGACUCUGAUUCUUAG